AUGUCGCACGAGAAGGGCGCAGACCCCCAGGACGCCGCGCGUGAGUACUACUACCUCUACAUAUUCUUCAAAAAUCAGUGCAUCUAUAGCAUUGAUUUAAAAAAUGAGGAAAGGGAAAAAAACAUAUCGCCAAACAAAAUCGAGAAGGAGAAACUCCUCUUGGGAUCCAUCUAUGCUCUCAACUACCUCUGCUUCAACAUACAACCGAACAAGAAAUUAAAAAAUCUCUACAAGUGCAUGCAGAAUGUUAAUAAAAAUAUGAACCAGAGUUUGAAGACACAUAACCAGAAUAUUGCCAACACACAGGACAACCUACACGUGGGCAAUUUUAAUUCUUUCAACACCCCCUUUUACAAGCUGCACUAUUUCGAAACGCUCACAGCCUACAAGUUUGUUAUAAUCACUCAUAAGAGCACCCCGAAUUUGUCCCACUUCUUGAGAGACAUCUACAAGACCAUAUUCCUCGAGUUUAUCAUCCUGAACCCACUUUACAAUACAGGAGACGAGAUACGGGACAAAUCAUUCGACGAGAAGAUAAUUGACCGCAUUAGGCGGCUGACUCCAGCGUAG